GAGUAAAAUCGCAGCGCAUAGGGUGUAGAGAGAGAGAGAUUUUUUGAAACCUCGCGAUCCGCCGCAUAGUCCGCCAAGAGAUCCACCGAAGUUAGCAGAGAAAUGGAGGGAGUAGGGGCGCGACUCGGAAGGUCGUCGACUCGGUAUGGUGGACCAACGACCGUGUUCAGUGGUCCAGUGAGGAAAUGGAAGAAGAAGUGGAUCCACGUGUCUCCGUCUAACACUGCAAAUCAUCAUUCUUCUCAGUCUAACGGUACUAAUGGUUCUCAUCUCCUCCUCUACAAGUGGACUCCUCUCUCUCAGAGCAACAACACCAAUGGCGAUAAGACUACCGCCAAGGAUGACGACGCUGCUGCUGUACCGGAAGAGCCACCUCCAAGGAAAUUUCGAUACGUCCCGAUUGCUGUACUAGAGGAACAGAAGAAUAUAGAAGCUGCAGAAAAGGCUGAUGAGGAAGGCGAACCAAGUGAAACUGAUCCAUCUGCUGGGGCAGAGUCCAAGAGUGAUGGUUCCAAUGGAAAACCUGACAUUAAUGAUGUGCCAAUGGAAGAAGCUCAGGCAUCAGACAAGGAUCAAUCGGCACCGCAAGAAUUGAGUGAAACCAAUUUGGAUUUGAGUUUGGGUUUGAAAGCUCAUGAUGGUGAUCCAAAAAGAGAUCAGAGCAAAGACGACCAACCAGAGAGAGUGAACUGAGCUGCUUUAGGGACAUGAGAUGAUUGAUUAAUCCCAAAUUAACAAAUUCACAAGCUGAGGAAAACAGCUCAGAAAGUGGCCAAUCCAUGGCAUCUGAAGUAUUGUUAUAAGCUUUCCCUGCUCCCACAUUUUGUCUCUUGGGGAAGUGCUCUGCGGAGGAAAGCUAUUUAAGCUAUUUCACACCUCAUUGGUAUUCCUUUAGUGCUCCAUUGCUGCUGUGAUUGCGUACUGCUUAAAUUAUAUCAUAAAAAUAGGAAAUUUUUUCUUCCA